AACAACCAAAAUGGUGAAGCAGAUCGAGAGCAAGUCUGCUUUUCAGGAAGUGUUGGACUCUGCAGGAGAUAAGCUAGUUGUGGUUGACUUCUCAGCCACGUGGUGCGGACCCUGCAAGAUGAUCAAGCCAUUCUUUCAUUCCCUCUCUGAAAAAUAUUCCAAUGUGCUGUUUAUUGAAGUAGAUGUGGAUGACUGCCAGGAUAUCGCUGCAGACUGUGAAGUCAAGUGCAUGCCAACCUUCCAGUUUUUUAAGAAGGGCCAGAAGGUGGGUGAAUUUUCUGGAGCAAAUAAGGAAAAACUUGAAGCCACCAUUAAUGAACUACUCUAAUCCUGUUUUCUGAAAACAUGACCAGUCUUCAGCUGCUGAAGACCUGUAAUUUUUUUUUAUUAUUUACAAAAAAGUAGGAGAUAGGAUACUAUAUACGCAACUGCCAUCUGAUUAUAAAGAACAAUAAAUAUCAAUUCUACACUUUUU